GCCAAGUCCUUUUUUAGGCAUGCGCCUCCUCUACAUACCACUGUCUGCCACUAGAGGGUGGUAACGAACCCAAGUGAUGCGGAUGUUCGUUUGAGAAGAGCGAACCACGAGCAGGGGCUGGCCCUGACGUAGUACAAACAUCUUGCUUAUUUCCAUAGUUCCUUUGAAAGCUGACAGAGUAGAUCCGAGAAAGCGCGCUGCUCGGACGCGCCCCGAACCACACCGGCGACUCCUCGUGGCUGAGCCCGGCCGGCAUCAGACCACACGGUGGACCCACAGAAAGGAGAACGGACCGAUAGUCGGCACACCGCGAAGCUCUGAGUUCCCCGAGUGAAGAAGAAGGAAGGAAGGAAGGCGCCCACCCGCGAUGUCUGGGGUGAAGAAGAGAAACUCCAACUCCUCGGCGGAGAGGGAGGAGGAGGACCGACAGGUCACUGAGAGGAUGCUGGAGAAGGACCCGUCCAACCAGGCGGGCUCGGGAGGCGACGCCAGGAGCUCUGGCUGCGCCGCCGGAGGAGAGGGAAAGGAGGUCGCCCUGAAGAGGACCAUCACCCUGGUGAACGGCGUGGCCAUCAUCGUCGGCACCAUCAUAGGCUCUGGCAUCUUCGUCACACCGACGGGAGUGGUGAAGGAGGCCGGCUCGGUGGGUCUGUCGCUGAUCAUCUGGACGGUGUGCGGGGUCUUCUCCACGGUGGGAGCGCUCUGCUACGCGGAGCUGGGGACCACCAUCACCAAGUCCGGGGGGGACUAUGCCUACAUCCUGGAGGUGUACGGCUCGCUGCCGGCUUUCCUCAAACUCUGGAUCGAGUUGCUCAUCAUCCGACCGUCCUCUCAGUACAUCGUUGCCUACGUCUUUGCCACCUACCUCCUAAAGCCCGUGUUCCCCGAGUGCCCGGUACCGGAGACCGGGGCCAAGCUGGUAGCCUGUCUCUGCAUCCUCCUGUUGACAUUUGUGAACUGCUACAGUGUGAAGGCGGCCACCAGAGUGCAGGACUUCUUUGCUGCAGCCAAGCUUCUGGCUCUGGCACUCAUCAUCAUCAUUGGCUUCAUCAAGAUCGGGAAAGGAGAUACAGAGGGUUUGCUUCCCCAGAAUUCCUUUGAGGGAUCCAAAUAUGAUUUUGGCAACAUUGGUCUGGCGCUGUACAGUGGCCUGUUUGCCUACGGUGGCUGGAACUACUUGAAUUUCGUGACUGAGGAGAUGAUCGAGCCUUACAAGAACCUUCCUCGCGCCAUCAUCAUCUCUCUGCCCAUCGUGACGGUCGUGUACGUUCUGACCAACCUGGCGUAUUUCACCACACUCUCACCGGAUCAGAUGCUUCGCUCAGAGGCCGUGGCUGUGGAUUUUGGUAACUACCACCUAGGUCCCAUGGCGUGGAUCAUCCCAGUGUUUGUAGGCCUGUCCUGCUUCGGAUCAGUCAAUGGCUCCCUGUUCACGUCAUCUAGGUUAUUCUUUGUGGGUUCCCGGGAGGGUCACCUGCCUAGUCUCCUGUCAAUGAUCCACCCCACUCUGCUGACCCCUCUGCCCUCACUUAUAUUCACUUGUUUCAUGACGCUGCUCUACGCCUUCUCCAACGACAUCUUUUCCGUCAUAAAUUUCUUCAGCUUCUUCAAUUGGCUCUGCAUUGCCAUGGCCAUAGUUGGGAUGAUGUGGCUACGUUAUAAGAAACCCGAGUUGGAGCGCCCCAUCAAGAUGAACAUGCUGCUCCCCAUGAGUUUCGUGCUCGCCUGCCUCUUCCUCAUCAUCGUCUCGUUCUGGAAGACUCCAGUGGAGUGUGCCAUUGGCUUUGCCAUCAUCGUUACCGGCGUGCCUGUCUACCUGUUUGGAGUGUGGUGGAAGAACAAACCCAAGUGGCUGCUGCAUGGAAUUUUCUCCAGCACAGCCCUCUGUCAGAAGAUGAUGGAGGUGGUGCCUCAGGAGUCGUAGAGCCUUUGACUUCGGCCGGUGGCCAAUUGGACCGCUCCGACCAGGACCUCUGGGCUCUGAUAUAAAAGCCUGCCACAGCCUCCUUUGAAAACAUCCGGCCUUAGAUGAUGAGGACCGCAUGAAGACAGACACAUGCAUGCGUUUUUAGCUGCUGUGCUGUUGUGGUCAUGGACUCAUUUUCUUUAGUUGCUUCUGUUUGUUGAUAUAUUUAGGUAGAUGACGAUUCUCAGUCACCCAGGUGGGGUUGUCUGGACCACUUGCUUUCCGUUUCUCCACCAAUCCAGGCAGCUUCUUCAGGCUAGUUGUUGGCUAGAGGCCACACAUUUAUCUCCCAGCAAACAAUCUGUCUCCCAUUUAUCACUCUGUCCUUUCACCUGUUCCCAAGAAGCUCAAGGCCACGUCACAAGUCCAGUAACGGUGAAACCAACCUUCCUCAGACUGAAGAACCUGCUUGGGUUAAUAUAUUUAGGUUUAGUCACUAACUGUCCUUUGUUGUGUUUUCUGACACGAGUGAGUUGCUGUUACUCCGUAACGUGUAGUGUUUAGCAUGCUCUGCCUAAUGUGGCAAAAAAAUUCCAAAUCUGAAACCUUUCCAUCCAAUAUCUUCAGCUACAUUUACUCUGCUCACUAACGUUCACCUCUGAUUUCAAGCACAAAGUGAAGGUUAUUGUCGUCAUUCCUGAAGCUCUUCCGUGGAAACGUCCUGCCCCGCAGUCGCCACAGUUCUAUAGCACUUUUACUUUGUCUGCUGAUGUCAGUGUUACUGCUGGUUAGUGAUGGCGUGGACCUCUCUCUGGAGUUCUCGCUUCUUUUGUGUUUAGUGGUUUUAGUUGGUCUCUGCUGCUGUAUGGAUGAUCUUGGUGUAGUGUGCUCCAUGCUAUCCUGCUAACCACAGUGUCUCGUCACAUGUACUGUAGGCACACUUACAUUCGAGUUUGGAGACUGUAAAUUAAUACCUAUAUUAUUAUUUUGAAUUGUGUGAAAUUUAGGGAGUUGUGAUUGUAUAGCUUGACCUACACUGUGGACUGAAUGCCAGCGUGUCCUUAUGAUAAUGCAUUCUAGGCCACUGGAGCGUCCCGUCCCGUCACUCACACAUAACAUUUAAUCACAUGUUAUAGUGAGAAUGAAGCCUCCGUUUAUCAGCUGGGACAAACAUGUCAUAGAAGUAAACAUCAGAUGAAGUUCUUGCUUUAUGUAUUUGCAUAUUACAAAAUAAAACACUACACUGGCUAAUGUGAGGAACAUGAAGAUGCUACUGUAUCUGCAGGUUAUGUUACUGCUCAGCAGUGGGGUGGAUGUGAAGGUAAAAAGCAGGAUGGGACUACCACUGAAAACUGGGUGUGUGGUUUCCCUGCUGUUGUUUUUGGGUCAGUGAUUGAAUUCAUUGUGGAUCAAUUUGUCAUUUGCCACUGAAGCCCCAUCACACAGACAGUGUGUGGGGUUGGAUAGAGCCACACAUAGAAAUAUGAGCUUUUAGUUCUUCUUAGUGCACUGGACAUUUGUGUCUUCAUAGGGAGGUCAGCGUUAUCUUCUCGGACACAAACAGAUGAAGUUGAAUUCCUUUUUUUCUGGACCAACAGGCAGGUUUGACAUUAACACUGUCACUUUUGUCGUGGUUGUAAAGGAGAUUAACUCUCGCUUUUUUGUGUUUCAGGUCAACAGUUAAUUUGUUUUUUUUAUCCUCACCUUUUGUUUUUAAUGUUGUUUGUUCUUUGUUGCUACACCCGGCAACAAAUGUCAAGUUAGUGAUGCGUCAUUAAUCCUCCUGGAGGCCGUCUUGUUUCCAUAGCGACCACGUGGCUGCCACAUAGAGGAGGUAGUUUAACAUGUUUUUAGACGUAGACCCUUUCUAACACUCGAACUGUCACACAGAGCAGACAGUAAACUAACAUUAAUAGGACUGUAGAAAGGUUAUUUAUUUAUUUGUAGAAGACUGUUGUUAUUUUUAUUAGCCCCUCUUAUUUGUUUACAGGGCAUUUUGUUGGAAGUGCUUUAUAAAUAAAUUUGAAUUUUUUUUCA